UGGUUUUAAAAUCGUGACGCGUGAUGCCUCACUCACAAAAAUUGACCGCACGAAAAGUCACGUUGAACUUCCAGAAGGCAAAUACCCAAAGCUGCUUUUCCUCCUCUGUACAGUUCUCCAUUUGAUACCCUCCCUGCACUUGACACAUCUUGACCCACUCGAAGUGGAAGGUGGAAGCAUAAAGUGUCUUCCGUAGGGCCGCUAGGGUUGAGCCCAGCCACCUCGACCCUCGAAGUCUACGGCCUGUCUGACUUGUUAUAUAUAUAUAAUCAUGUAGUGUUGCAAGACAAUGCAAGACAUUUGAUUCGAUGAUCCAGGAUCCUGUGUAGUAUGCCUGCACUUACCGGUCUGAUUGGGCCGGCCUUUGUCAAGUUGUUUAGAUCGAGAGCACAGUUUCUCUUCUCCCAGCGACCAAAUUCGACAUGUUUGUUAAAACCUGUGUGCAUUUGGUAGGGGCUGUUGUUUGUUUUAAGCGGAUCCCGUCAAACGCAAAUUGUUUUCGACCAUGCAUGGCCACGAGUCAAAGGGUAGUUUGUGUAUGGAGCAAGGGAUUUGGGGAUAUGUUGGGUUUCGGGUAUGAACAACCAGCCUUGAGUCAGACAUAUUGAGUAUGGAACGAUUGGGUGUGAAUAUGUCCUUCCAUACCCUAUUCCAUACUUGCAAGUUCUAUAUGUGUUGCUGCCAAAUUUUGUUUCAGAACAUUGGACGAUUCCAACAUGUCAAUGCCUACAAUCAAACAAGAAUGACAAGAUCGGCAAGAUUGGUGUAGGUUCAUUUGGCCUACCUCUUACAACAGUAGUCCUUCAUGUGUGCGACUUUUGUUUCCAGUGGUCUCGUUCCAUAUCUACGGUACUGGAACAAUUUUGACCGUUACAGAAUUGUUGACAAAGUUUGUGCCGGUGCGCCCAGAGGGCACCAAGUUCGAUGCAAUGCAGUGAUCAAGUUCUUUAUGGCCUCCAAGCGAUGGCCUCCAACCCAAUAGUCCAAAGACUGUAAAGUCCCAGGCGUCCUGGACAGUCCGGACAAGUCCAAAGAGAUGAGGGCUCUUACUUAGUUCGCCCUUGACACUUUCCGUUGUGGGAAACAGAGUGUUUUAGUCUUAAGAUGGUGCUUUACGGACUUGUCGCAGGACGACGACAAGAUAUGAAUGUCGAAGUUCUUCGCCUUUUCUGCUUUUGAGAAACUCCCAAGAAUGCCCAGCACCACUGCAACCAGCCUCAAGACUCAGGCUGCGGUUGACAAAGUCUGGUCGCUAAUUCCAUGAAGGCCUGGCCAAUUUAAAGCCCGGAAAGACUUGUCUUGUCAGGCUGCCGUGAUGCGUUGUCAGUCAAUCUGUGGCAAGACUGUUGUUGCGCAAGCCUUGUUUAUGACCCUUUCAGAUCGUUUUGUCCUUCGAAUCUCGUAUAGCAUGCGGCAUUGGUGUUUGCAAUUUUCACUACAUUGAUCCAUAGCUAGUGUCAUCCAGACUGAAUCCAGUGUUCGGGGUUUGCAAAUCUAAGGCCCUUGCAGCCAUUGCAUGGGGAGUAUGUGCCAGUGUUGUACACAAAGCUUAUCGGCCCAAGUUCAAUGUAGUGUGCAGCAUGCAGCUUGCUCAUGCAAUUUUGCCCUUGUGUUUGGCUUGCGUUGGUGCAGGAAGCACCGGAGAGUUUGUUCCGCAGGUCGUCUCUGAGGCAGUCCGCGAAGCAAAGGAGGCGUCAGAAUCAGCAAGCGAUGCUGUGGACAAAGCUGAAAGAUCUGUAGGCCAUAUUAAGCUACUGAAGGAGUCUUUGCCUCAACUCUCUUCAAAGGCAGACGAUGCAGAAAAGAGAGCCAAGAAGGCGCUCAAGACAGCAGAGGAUGCUCAAAAGAAAGCUGAGGAGCUGUUGAAGACAGUGGAAGAUCAGUCCUACCAGGCUGCUUCAAAGUCUGCAAGGAGGGAAGUUGAGCGUCUUGAAACAGAUGCCACUGGCUAUUACCAGUCUUAUCUAUCCGAUCUGAAGCUUGCGCGGGUUCAGGAGGACAUCCCUCAGGUGGAGGCCAUAAAAAAGUCGAAGCAGCCAUACACAGAUGCAGAAGAGCAGGUUGACGCCACAGUGGAAUCUUACAACAGUUUGGCCAUUUCUUUGGCCAACGAGGUGGUGAUGUAUGCUGACAAGGCGAAAAAGCUGGCAGACACGGCAGCACAAGACCAGGCCACUGGGAGCGCUGUGCUCGCGGCGAAGCACAUGCUGCAGGCCCACAAGUUGAUGCAUAUGGCCAAAGAGAAAAAGGUGCGGGCAUUGAAAGUGCGAGCUUUGGCAGAGAGGCUCAACAGCAACGUUUUGCCCGCCUACAGACAGGCCGUGAAGGUGGCUGGAGUUCACGCAGCUUUUGGGCAGUCACAGCACCUGCGAAAGAACUGAGCGACUCUGACGAGUCGAAGGAAAAGGCUGCACAAAAAGGGCGAUUGGAAUUGAAAGGCGAAAAGCAAUGCCUGAUUUGAACAAAAAGCAAAAGG